UUGAAAGAAGACUAUCUUCCUGCGCGCACUUCGUUUCGUUUUUGCCUGGAUGAACAAGCGGUCAAAAGGGACCUGAAUAUCAUGAAUUUAGAGCUUCUUGAGUCCUUUGGGCAAAACUUUCCUGAGGAAAGCGAUGGCUCGUUGGACUGUAUCAGCAUGGCUCUGACGUGUGCCUUCAAUAAACGAGGCACGCUGCUAGCCGUAGGGUGCAACGAUGGACGUGUCGUCAUCUGGGACUUCCUGACGAGAGGGAUCGCCAAGAUCAUCAGCGCCCAUGUCCACCCAGUCUGCUCUCUGAGCUGGAGUCGCAACGGUCACAAGUUACUGAGUGCCUCAACAGACAACAUGGUUUCAGUUUGGGAUGUAUCGACAGGCGACUGCGAGCAGAGACAUCGCUUUCCGUCGCCGGUCUUACGAGUUCAGUUCCACCCAAGAGACAGAAAUAAGGCUUUGGUUUGUCCACUGAAAUAUGCACCAGUGCUCUUAGAUCUUGAUGGGUCAUACAAUGUGGUUCCAUUAGAUGAAGAUUUUGACACUACUAUAGUUGCAUCAUUCGACAGAAAAGGAGACCAUGUCUACGCAGGCAAUGCCAAAGGAAAAGUCAUAGUGAUUCACGCAGGAACUCGUAAGCUUGUUGCUUCGUUCAAAGUAACCACAGGAACAAGCAAUACCACAGCAAUCAAGUCGAUUGAGUUUGCUCGAAGGGGAAAUUGUUUCUUAGUGAACUCAGCCGACAGAAUCAUCCGUGUAUACGAGAGCGGUGAAGUCCUGGCCUGCGGAAAGAACGGAGAGCCGGAACCAAUUCAGAAGCUCCAGGAUCUGGUCAACAGGACGCCAUGGAAAAAAUGCUGCUUCUCAGGAGAUGGAGAGUAUAUUGUUGGAGGUUCUGCGAGGCAGCAUGCCCUUUAUCUUUGGGAGAAGAAAUUUGGUUCCCUCGUCAAAAUCCUCCAUGGUACGAGAGGAGAGCUCUUAUUGGACGUCGUCUGGCAUCCCGUUCGACCAAUCAUAGCUUCCGUAUCAAGUGGAGUGGUCUCGGUGUGGGCACAGAACCAAGUGGAAAACUGGAGUGCCUAUGCCCCAGAUUUCAAGGAGCUUGAUGAGAAUGUAGAAUAUGAAGAAAGAGAGAGUGAGUUCGACAUCGAGGAUGAAGACAAAUCAGUUGAAGAUCCUACAGAAACAAACAAUGUUGAAGAUGAAGAAGUGGAUGUGUUAACGGUAGAACCCAUCUCAGCAUUUAUCAGCAGUGAUGAGGAGGAGGAGCCUAAGAACGUUCUUCUCUACCUUCCUACCGCUCCUGAUGUAGAAGAUACAGAGGACCAAUCAUGGGCGCCUAAUGCUGACCCGACGGAUGAGCCGCCCCCGACGGAGGCCCCUAAGCGAUCAAUAUCGCAGGAUCCACCGAUGGCUUCACCCAAGAAGAAGAAAGUCAAAUCGCAUGAAAUCAACCUCAAGGGGGCGCCAUCAGACGAUAUCCAUCCUCUACUUGGAGGAAAUAGGAGCGAAGGCAAGACACGCAAGAAGGCUGCAGGUCAGGGCAAGUCAACGAAAGAAGGUCGUAGCACCAAACAUAGGAGAUCAAGACACAGAGAUGAUUCCGAUUAGAACAGUUUUGUUAGGAUGAUAUGUGUAAAAAUCAACUCUUCUGUAGGAGAAUGUGUAACAUAUGUACAUUUGCUUGUAAAUUAUCCUUUUGUACAUUUCUGUAAAAUUGAAAUGUGUAAAAAGCCACGUUUACCGUGCAGAGUUGAAAUCCAGCUAGUCCACGGUUACCAUUUGGGUUGGUAUUGAUGGUGGCGUUCAUAGGUGAGAAAAAUGAGUACAGGUUAACUCCGCCCAAGUCGACCUGCCACAAGUCCAAUAUUCACCCAAGUCGAAGCAGUUUUUGAGACCAGAUGAUCGAGAACAUGUGCCGUAUACCUCUCCUAAAUCAACUUUCUAACUAUUAAAGAAAGUCGAUUUAGGAGAGGUAUUCCUGCGGUCCCAAAAUAUUUGACUUGGUAAGAGGUACCUGUAUUUACCUUUAUCUUUUAUGCAAGCUAAAGUAAGUUGUACCGAAUUUAACAUUUGAAUUGUAUAAACAAAGCCCAAGGUUCAUCUCGUGAAAUGAUCAAAAUUCUUGGUUGUAAGGUGCUUUAACCAAAAUAAAAGCUGUGUUUAGCCAUGGCAUUUAGAGGGAAUCUCUGCAUUUCCCCCCCCCCCCCUCUUCUUUGUCAACAGACUAGAUAGUAUUAGAUCAGGAAAGUCACUUAAUUUCUGCAUGCAGCAAAGCCAUGGACAAAUUGCUUGUUAAUUUCUUUAGGGGGCACUGCCAUUACAAGGCGUGCACCAUGCUUGUACACACAAACUCGUAUUGGAUGAUGUAUGCAUGUACAGUAAAAAGGGUAUCAAAAUUGCAAAAAAAAUUGGGUAAAAGGGUAUAAUUUUCAAUGGCUUUGACACAUGUGUAUUAAAGGGGUGUUUAUUUCAUUAUCAUCAAAAAGUUAUGCACCUCUAAGAAUGGUGUCCACCUAAUUAACGACAGUGAUUUUCAUGUAAAAAUUAAUGGGAUUCACCUUUGCAAAAUGGAAUCCAGGUUUUUGCUGUGUACAUUUUCAGUGACAAAACGGAAUUUCCAUUUUUAGAUCAUUUUUUUUUUUUUUACAUUGUAGAUGUCCCCAUAUAUCAAGUCAAUAAGUUGGAGCCCCCCCCCCCCACCCCCUGUCCCUUUAAAAAACUGUAUAUUAUUAAUAAUACCAUAGCAAAAUUUAUUAUUUAUAAUCAUUUAUUUUCUAAUAACAUACAGACAGUAUUGUUUGGGAUCUAAAAAAUAUAAAUUAAAGUAUUCAAAAUGUGAGGUGAUUAAAAAUAAUAAGACUGAAGAGGCAAUUGUGUAUAUUGUUUCAUUAAUUUAUUCGCUAUAAAAAUGAGUUAACAUUGUAUUUGUAGCACAUUUCAUAAAUAAUAGUUUAUAUACAUGUAAAUACAAAAAUGUAAUUCAGUAUGAACCAUUUCCCAGUGCAGUGAAUAAGACUGUUUAACCAUUCUUAAAUUAAGUCGCUCUUAAAUUGCGAACAUCUUCAUGAAAUACCCACCAGAAUACAAUUACUAGUGUAUAAUGCAUUAAGAUGUAGACAUAGAUUGAAUGUUACGGGCAGUGGAGAAUGUUACUUUAUCAAACUUCAGUACCAUGCAAAGAGCACACAUAUUAUCAAUAAUAAAUAAUAUAGGAGUUGGACAGCGCACGUUUUAGGUGCGUCUUUAAGGGGCUCCCGUCUAUCAAGCUAGUCUACCAAUUUAGUGCUGAAGUAAACGUCCCUCAGAUUGAAAGACGUGAGUCUUUACCACUAGACCACGCUGCCCCCACGAUGUUAUUAAUCGUAAUAAGACCCCAUUCAAAGAGUUGCGAGAGAUUUCAAUUGAUCUGAAUUUGAUUUGGAUCACAACUCAAGAAGGAGCUAAUACAGGGGCCCAUCUUACAAAGAGUAAGAUUGAUCUGAUCAAUUCAACUAUGUAAAGCCAGCAAAGUCAACAUAUAAAAUGCAUGUUUUUUUUUUUUUUAAUCUAGAUAUGAAUGUAUAUCCAUAAAUUCAUUGAUUUCUUGACAAUUUGGUGUGUUCUCCUUUGUAUGUACAAAGGACAUUUUUACGUUUCCUGUAUGAAAAAUUAUGACACUGAUGGAUUUCCAUAGUUACAAUUGAUUGGAUCAAUCGUAACUCUUUGUAAGACGGGGCCCAGGAGUACUCUCCUACAUGUACGUGUACUGUAUGUGUGGUUUGUGAAUCACUUUUACCUCUACAUGAUCUUGCCAUAAAAAGACCUCCAUGUAACUCCUCAAAUUUGAAGAAAAAUAUCACUGAUUCAGUGACUUCAUUGAGAAAACAUAGAAGUCCUUAAUACUUUCCAGGGACUGCGCCAGGGUAUUUCCAUGAUGGCUCAAUGAAGUACAUGUAUGUUAUGUCGUUUUAAUAAAUAAAAAUAGGAGUAUUGUGUGCUUACACAGCCAAACCAGAAUUACUUGACAUUGGUCACUCAUUUGGAAGCACUUAUUACAUAUAUGUCAUAGUAACGGUAUGUUUGGUCCUCCCAGUAAAUUUGAAUAAUCAUCGGCAUUACAAAUAACAUGCAUAAUUAUAAAGGUUGCAUUUGCAUUGUAAAUCUAGAUCUGUACAGAGCUUUGUACAUGAUAUGAUAAAUAAAUAUGAUGUGAUCGGUGCAAAAAUA